CAAGAUCGUAAUUUAUGCAUGGUAACUUUAUUUUCCUCUUGUCUUUUUGAAAACGCUUAUUCAUUGCCUUAUUAGGUUGAUAGAGAAAAUCUAUGUCGUUUCAGCUACACGACAGAGCCGAUGGAGUAACAAAUCCUACAGAUUCAACUUGGGGUUAUUAUUACCUUAUAUUGCGAUCUUCGUGUUGAUGGUAAAAUAUCAUUCAUUAUCAACAAAAACUAAUGGUUUAGAUCAUAUAUCAUAGAGCCUAUAUCGAACCCAAUGGAUACUGUAUCAUCGGUAUUGCUCCUGCUGGAACCGUUCCAUUGAUUGUAAGCAAAUGAUUACACUUGUUUAAGCUUGUACUCAUCAUUUUCUUUCUCCUUUAGAUUUAUGAUUUUGUAAGCGUGGUUUACUGUUUCACCAAAAUCAGGUUUUAAUUUAAUUAUAUAGGCGAUCAACCUUUACAUGACCGUCUUCUUCGUUCGACCAUUACUAAAACUUGGUGGUCUAGGCAUCUUCAGUAGCUCAGCCAACUCUCGGCUUCACGAAGUCGCCCUUCGUACCUUGGUCGCAUCCGUCGUCUGCUUAGUUGUAUCCUUUGCCAACAUCCUCUCGCUGAUCAUACUUGACGGCAGAGAACGUGGCUUGCUUUGUAUGACUUGCUGUACAAUGGAUGUCACAAUAAACGUCAUUACUGUUCACUGGGUCACUAGCCAAGCACCUGGAAAGCGCAGCAAGGAGACAGAUGCACAAGGCACACAUCUCUCAGAAACGCACGAACAAACCAUGUACAGAAAGGAAGAACAGGAUGUCAUUGAAUUCAAAAACAUCGGCUUGAACGUGUCUUAUGAAAAGACACCAGUUGAGGACGAUCACUCUUCUACAGAGGCUGGUGGAUUUGCUCCUUCCUUUCAAGAAUCUCAGACGAGUCGCAAGACAUUAACGAAAUUAUAAGUCCCUAUAAGAUUUUUAUGCUUAAUCAUAUGCCUCUCACACUAAUAAAUUAUUCGACCCCCCCCCUUAUUAUUUCUGACACGCACCCUUUGUCGGCUGUGUUCUCCUUUUUUUUUUGAGCUGCAAUUUCUUUAAUUUACUUCUCUUUUGGUUUCAGAAUCAUCAGGACUCCUUUUCUUAUAAAACUUCUUUUUUGUGGGGGGUCCAUAGCCUUCUUUUCACAGAAAAAAGAAGAACGUAUCGUCAUUCUCCCUGG